AAUUAUAUUUUAUAAUGUCCAAAGCAUUAACAAUUAUUUUUCCUCCUAAUCUAUUUACUUACAAUUGAAAACAUAUUGAGAAAUAGCAAUAAAUGUUAUUAAAUUUUGACUCAUUUACUCUACCUGUACAUAUUUUUAAGGAUGAUGAUCUAAUUUUAUUCACUAUUUGCCUUGUUUGAAUUCAUUUUGUUUGUUCUCUGGUAACCACUCAACCAUACUCUGUUGCAUUUAGAAAAAUAACCCUUAGAAAAGAAUACAACGAGUCCCAACACUCCUCCAUAAAAGUAAGCAAAUCCCAUUGCUCACUUGAGUUACGGGGAUCAAGUCUAAUAGGAUCUGCUCGAGGAGAAAUCGCCACACCCAGAAAAGAACGCCAAUGUUGCUUUGGACGAAGAUCUUCUUAAUUGUCUACCAUAUGGAUUGGCUUUGAUAGAUAAAAAUUAUCAUGUGCUUCAUCACAACAAAAAGCUAUUACAUUACUUAAUGGUGUAAUCAACCGAUUAAAUUGUAAAUUCGUUAGAUUAAUUGUUAUCCAACGCUGAGCUCAACUCUUUUAAAACCCAUCUUCAUGCCAAACAUAAAUCCCCCAUCGUUCCUCUAAGAAAACUAAAACAAAAUUCUGCCAAUCAAUGUUAAGUAAAUUCAGGAAGAACCUUAAACUAAACAAAUUGGCUAUCAGAUCGCUUGAAAGUCAAUUUGAAGUAUAGGGAAUCUUUCCAAUCUAGCAUUCAUGAUGAAGUGAUCUAUUCCUACGUAUAAUUCGUUAUGAAUGAGUUCUAAUCGAACAUUCAUAGAAGGAUGAGUAUCGGAUAAGAUAGUCAAUCUAAAACAUCAGACACCACUCAUAUGUUUCAAUUCCAUGUAGUUUAAGAUCAUAAAUCCAAAAAGAAACACUAUCAGAUAAAAGUCUACGAAGUCAAGUUACAAUCGAAACUUAAAGAUCCAGUGUAUUUGUUUGUGAUAGAAAAUAUUACGAACAAAGAAGAACUCAAAGAACUUACAUUUAGGUUCAAAUUCCAAUAGGCAUUGCUUAACUCUUUCAGUCAUGAAUUGAGAACGCCCUUAAAUUGCUCUUUACCCUUAUUAGAGGUACUUAGUAAAAAGAUUGAUGAGGAACUCUAUGAGAACUUACUCUUGCCUGCAAUUACUUCUUGCAAAAGGUUAUUAUUACAAAUAAACGAUAUUUUGGAUUAUGGAUAAAUAGAAUGUCAGGAUUUCAAAUUAAAUUUAGGAAAAUUUUGUAUUAGCGAGAUUUUGAAUGAUUUAAAAAUAUUAUUUCAAUCAGAAUGUCGAUAAAAGCAAAUUGAAUUGAUAUUGAAUUUUAAUGGUUCAUUGCAACUUUGCAGCGAUAAGUUAAGAAUAACUUAAAUUCUAGUGAAUUUAUUAAGUAAUUCUGUUAAAUUUACAAAGUAAGGAGGUAGAAUAGUGCUUUCAGUGAAAAAAAAAGAAAAUUAAUAUGUGUUUUCAGUUUGGGAUAAUGGGGAGGGGAUAAACAGCGAAUAAAUACUAAAUGUGAACAAUAAACUCCUUUAAUAAAAUGGAUCUAUUAAAUUAGGACUUGGUCUCAGAGUGUCUUAAGGGAUAGUCAAAUAUUUAAGUGGAGAUGGAGAAUUGCAAAUUAAAAGUGAAAAAGGGUUCUACACUAGUGUGAGUUUCUCUAUUGAUGAACACUCUUAAAAUGAAAUUAAAGAGAUUGAACCUUCUCUAAAGGAUGUUGAAGAGAUUGCUUCUAAUUCUAAAGAUUCAGUUUAGAAAGUUUAUGUUUCAUCAAAAAAGUUCUUAAAUUAGCAAUGCAAAUGUCCUUAAAUUUUGAUAGUCGAUGAUGUACCCUUUAAUCAUAUAGCAUUGUUCGCACUAUUAUAAGCAUUCGGAUGGAAAGCAGAUAGUGCCUAUGAUGGGGAUUCUGCUAUUCGAAAAGUGAAACAAAAAUUGCAUAAUACCUGUUGUAAGAUCUUUAGGUUGAUUUUUAUGGAUAUUGAAAUGCCUGGAAAGAAUGGAUUUUUGGUUAGUAGUGAAAUCUAGGAGAUUCUUCGAAAAGAACGAUAAAAGACAGUCAUAGUAAUGUGUUCAGCCUAUAAUGGAUAAGAGAAUGCCCAAAAAGCCCAUGAGAGUGGUAUGCAUGAAAUAGUAUCCAAGCCAAUUUCAUUGGAAUCCUUGCAAACACUCAUAGGAAAAUACUUUUGUUGA